CAGGUGGCAAUGAAUUUUAAUGAGAACAAUACGAUUGCUGUAUCAAACAUGCCCCCUAAUAACGUCCUUGUGUUGAUGUUGAAGGCUUCUGGAACAUUUUCAGUCAGGUAUUUAAUCGUAUGAAGCUGUCAAGUUGUCAACUAUAUAAUCGGUGCUAUCACUUUAAGGAUGUACCGGAAAUAAAUCCUCGUGUUACGGUGUGGUGGUCGUUGAGCAGCUGGUUUAUUUUUGUUGUGAAGAACGUCUAGUUUCGAGGUGUGAGAUGACAGCCCUGCAUUUAGUAAGACCACUCCGCGGCUGUUGUAGGGUCUGGCGCCUCCAAGGCAUAAUUGGCUCAUCUUGCAAAUUCGCAAUUUCGAACUGUCAAACAUCGCGUCUAUGGUUUUCCACCUCAACUCACGUCCCUGACAGAAAAAUGGAGGAGUUGCUCCGAAAGACUGUGGCACCUUUGCCCUCCUAUGAGACCAGAGACAAAUCCCCACCGCCCCCGGAGUCACAUUCCGUGGAAUUUAUGAACUUCUACCGAAGCUUAGAGACGGAGCAGAGAACAGAGUUUUUGGAAAGAUUGUCACAAGACUAUGGAGUGGACCACAAAGGCGCUUCUGAGCUAGCAGGGAAACUGCUUGAAACACAGCUAAGGGACGUAGCAACAAUACUGCAAGUGGAAGACCGGUUACGAUACAGCCUGACGCCACGGUACAGACAGCUACUCAGUCAUAUAAGCAGAGUCGAGGGUGGCGUGAAGUUUCUUGUCGACCUGCGAGCACAUGUGAUUGAAAUAACCUCAUCCAAGGCUAGCGACAGCCCACACUUGAGGGAUCUGAACGGAACUCUGAAGGGGUUGCUGUCCGAGUGGUUCUCAGUGGGCCUCCUCAAAUUGGAGAGAAUCACCUGGCAGUCGCCAUGCGAUCUACUGCAGAAGAUCAGCCAGUAUGAAGCUGUGCAUCCUGUGCGUAACUGGACGGACAUUAAGCGUCGUGUUGGGCCUUACCGCCGCUGCUAUGCCUUCACCCACGCUUCCAUGCCUGGAGAGCCACUAGUGGUGCUGCAUGUAGCGCUUACUGAGGAGAUCGCUAACAACAUACAGAGUAUAGUGCGUGAGUUUGCGACGCUGGAUGCGGUGGAGGAUGCGAGUAAGAUCCAGGCGGCCAUCUUCUACUCCAUCUCCUCCACACAGGCGGGACUGCAGGGGGUGGAGCUGGGGAACUACAUCAUUAAGAGGGUAGUCAGAGAGCUACAGAGUGAGUUCCCCCACAUAGCCCAGUUCUCCAGCCUGUCCCCCAUCCCCGGCUUCACGGCCUGGCUGCAAGGCAUGCUGGGUAGCAGCCGCGGGGGAGGCGGCGGCGGUGGUGGUGGCACCAUCAGCGGCGCGGACCUGCUGUCGGAGCAGGAGUGGCGCGAGGUGGAGGAGACGAUGGGAGUGUCCCCCGGCGCCCCCGCCCUCGACGCCCUGCGUCGCCUCUUGGCCACGGGUGACUGGCAUCGCUCGGAGCGGCUGACGCGCAGCCUGGAGCCGGCCCUGAUGCGGCUGUGCGCCUGGUACCUGUACGGCGAGAAGCGGCGCGGCUACGCCCUCAACCCCGUGGCCAACUUCCACCUGCACAACGGCGCCACCAUGUGGAGGCUGAACUGGGACGCGGACACCAGCCCGCGCGGCGUGGCCAACUCCUGCGGCAUCAUGGUCAACUACCGCUACUUCCUGACGGAGACGGCUGCCAACAGCGCCUCCUACAUGCAGGGGAAGGUAGUGACGGCCUCAGACCUGGUGCUGGCGCUGGUGGCCCAGUUUCAGCAGAACAGCAAGCUGUGAAGCGCUGACGCAAAACGCUGACGAAGGAUGCACAUUACAUACGCGCACGCACGCACGCACACACACACACACACACACACACAUACAAAUACAUGUAUACAACCACUGUGAGCGCAAAUGCUGAGGGAGGAUGCACAUUACACACACACACACACACACACACACACACACACACAUAAAUACAUGUAUACAACUACUGGAAGAUACACAGGUGUGCACUCGUGCACUUAUGCAUACAGUCAUACAGAAAUCUACACAAUCUCUUUCUCACACACAUGCCCAUACCUUUACAGAUGUGUCUGCAGCAGAUUCAUGCAUAUGUAUGCACUACACACACACAUGCAUACAGACAAACUGUCCUCUACACACAGUAUGCACAGUAUGCAAUACAAUAUGCACAGCUGAGCAGUACGCAUAUAUACUGUACAUAUAUACAGUAUACAGUACACUGCCAUCUACACACAUAGAGUAUACAGACACAGAGUGUCACUCACAUUCACAGAUAAAAGCCUGAAUGAACUGAACUGAAUGAACUGAACAUAAUGGAAAAAAACGUAAUUGCACUGGUGUACAGAUCCUCCGUGUACGCCUUUUUGAAGUGUGCCAUCCGCUGCCUCCCUGGCGGGCCUCUCAUUUGAGUGCUUGUUGAAGACAGCAGGAUAUCUACGUAUGUGUCCAGGGAGUGUGUGUUUCAGUGAAGUGGAGACUGCCUUUGCUCUGCUCCGUAUCGCACUCAGCCAAAUGCAGAACUUUUAUUUUGUUUUUUGGGUUUUUGUUUGUUUUUCCUCUUCCUCUUUUUUUGGUUUGGCUAUUGUUGUUUACUUAGUUUUUUUUCUGAGGCACCCUGAGCACUGUCUUCUUUUGCUCGGAACAUGCUUGCUGCUGGAUGCGUGUACGUGGGCCAUGCGGAUUUCAUUUUCAAUUUUGUGCGUGGGAGAACACGUGACACAAGGUACACAGACGUGUGUGUGCGGCGCAAUAUUGACAAAGCUGCGAGGAGCGGUCUUCUGAACGUUUGAGGUUGUGGAAGAGUCAGUGGUGGAAAGCAUUAAUGAGAGCCCCAUUGGCUAUCGGCCCUUUAGACGAUGCCUCCCCAUUGGCUAUCUACCCUUAAGACGAUGCCUCCAGUACCCUGCAAAGUGCUCCAGUCAUCCUGAAGCAAGUUUGUGCACAUUUGUAAUUUAAGACCUACAGCAAGCAUGUCCCUGGCCUUAACCUAAGACCUGGGGCCUAUAGUCCAAAGCUGGUUCAGGAGUAAACACGGUUAAGAGGUAUAUCAUUUAAUAGAAGAGCCUGAAGUCACGUAUCUUAAGAAAAUGAGGACUCCAGGCUCUUCUACUAGAUGAUUUCCCGCUUAACCUGGUUUACUCCUGUACCAGCUUUGUAGUAUUGGCCCAUGCACAGUAAGAUGUGUCAUACGGGCUGAUGACUGCAUUGAGAUAUCCCAUAGGCCUUUGCACUUAACUGUGGGAUAUGAAAGACAAAACAUGUUUGAAAUUGUAUUUGUAAUUUAUGAUAAUUCCUCAUAAUAAAUGUUUUGUUAAUAUAAUA